AUGAGUUUCCCAGUGGCAGCAGCUCUCUACAGGGACAUGGGCGACGCACUCAACAAACUGGUUCAGCGUGCACAAGGUGACCUUUCUGACGAAGACGAAAAAGAGUGGACACACAGCUACCGGCAACUGCAGAAGAUGAUCUCGCAACUCUACCUAGCACGACAGAAGGAGAAGCGCCUCAUCACGAAGCAAGGCCCCAAAAAGCUUGACAAUCAGAUCACGCUAGCCUGGAAGUGUCGACGACAGGCCGAUGUCAUCUCGUCUGGCUGGCAUGGUUACACUACCUAA